AUGGCUCAGGUAGCUCAAUUAGGUAAAUUGCCUCGUCAAAUCCUUCUGGCAUUCCGAGUCCUUCCAUCCGACAGGAAAAUAUUUUCCCGACAACUGGAAAAAAUUUUCCUUCCGACAGGAAGAACUCUUCCAUCCGACAGGAAAAAAUUUUCCCGACAACUGGAAAAAAUUUUCCCGACGACAGGAAGAACUCUUCCAGUUGUCCGUCCGUAA